GCGGGAAGGCACGAAAUGUCGCGAGAAGAUGGCGGCGCUGCUGAGGCGGUGCCAAGGCGGGGGAAGGCUGGCGGGGCGCCGGUGAGCCCUCCCCCGGGCCGGCGGGACCGGCUGCUGCUGCUCACCUCAGCUCACCUCCUGCAUGCCACCGGGGCCGGGGGCGCUGUGGAGCGGUGGCACGGGCCGCCCGCCAUGGCCGAGGCAGGAGUGGGAAGCGCCGAGGGGGCCGAGGAGGAGCGGCGGGGCCCUGAAGAUAAUUUCUCAAUUGAUGGAAACUUGUGCAUUGCUUCUGGAGUCCCCAGCCUCAUGAAUCCAGUAACUAAGCCUGCUACCACCACUUCUUUCAAUGCUUCUGUGGCUGAGAUUCCAAGGAAGCGCAAAGGAAGUGAUUCUGAUAACCAAGAUACAGUUGAAGUUGAUGGUGAUCUUCAGAAAAGGAGUGAAGAUGAAGAACAUGUUAAAAUAAAAGAUUUCAGAGAGGCUCACAGUCAAACAGAGAAACGAAGAAGAGACAAAAUGAAUAAUUUGAUAGAGGAAUUAUCUGCUAUGAUACCUCAGUGCAAUCCAGUGGCACGAAAGCUAGACAAGCUUACAGUGUUACGGAUGGCUGUGCAACACUUAAAAUCUUUAAAAGGUUCCACUAGCUCCUAUACAGAAGUCCGGUAUAAACCUUCAUUUCUAAAGGAUGACGAGCUCCAACAGUUAAUCCUUAGGGCAGCAGAUGGAUUCCUAUUCGUGGUUGGGUGCAACAGAGGAAAAAUUCUGUUUGUCUCAGAAUCAGUUUGCAAAAUACUGAAUUAUGAUCAGGCCAGUUUAAUUGGACAAAGUUUGUUUGAUUACUUGCAUCCAAAAGAUGUUGCAAAAGUUAAGGAGCAGCUUUCUUCUUCAGAUGUCUCUCCGAGGGAGAAGCUCGUAGAUGGGAAAACUGGCUUACAAGUACACACAGAUUUUCAAGCUGGACCAGUUCGACUGAAUUCUGGUGCUCGACGUUCCUUCUUCUGUCGGAUAAAAUGUAGCAGGACCACAGUUAAAGAAGAAAAGGAAUGCUUGCCCAACUCAAAUAAGAAAGAUCACAGAAAAUACUGUACCAUUCAUUGCACUGGGUAUAUGAAGAACUGGCCUCCUAAUGAGGUGGGAGUAGAAGAGGAAACUGAUGUGGAAAAGGACAGUAGUAACUUUAACUGUCUUGUUGCAAUUGGGAGGUUACACCCUUAUAUUGUUCCACAGAAGAGUGGAGAGAUAAAAGUCAAAGCAACAGAAUUUGUUACUCGGUUUGCCAUGGAUGGAAAAUUUGUUUAUGUAGAUCAGCGUGCAACAGCAAUUUUAGGGUAUCUGCCACAAGAGCUUCUAGGGACUUCAUGUUACGAGUACUGCCAUCAAGAUGAUCACAAUCAUCUAGCUGAAAAACAUAAAGAAGUGUUGCAGAAUAAAGAAAAAAUAUUUACAAAUUCCUACAAAUUUAGAGCAAAAGAUGGGACUUUUGUUACUUUAAAGAGUCAGUGGUUUAGUUUCAUGAAUCCGUGGACCAAAGAACUGGAAUACAUUGUAUCAAACAACACUGUGGUAUUAGGUCAUAAUGAGUCAGCUGAAGAUGAGGUCCUCUACAGUUCCCAGCCUGCAGAAGAUGCUGUAAAACAGUCUUUAGUACGUGUACCUGGAAUGUCCUCUGGAACAGUUCUUGGUGCUGGAAGUAUAGGAACCGAAAUUGCAAAUGAAAUAUUAGAAUUGCAAAGGUUACAUUCUUCACCAUCUGAGGAGUUAAGUCCAUCACAUCUCUUGAGAAAGUCACCUUCUCCAGCUUUAACUGUAAACUGCAGCAAUGUGCCAAAUAAAGAGUUGAUUCAGUUAUGUCCUUCGGAGUCAGAAGUUACAGAGACUUCAGAACAAAACCAGGGUGCUAGUCCAUAUCCCAGUAAUGAACCUCUCCUUGGUGGUAAUUCUCAGCUGGACUUUGAUGCAAUAUGUGAAAAUGAUGACACUGCUAUGACAGCUCUUAUGAACUACUUGGAGGCUGAUGGAGGACUUGGGGAUCCAGCAGAACUCAGUGAUAUACAAUGGGCUCUCUAGUUUUGCUUUUUCAAAAUAAGAAGGAAUGUAAAAUCCGUAAUGCACAACAACCAUACAUCCUCAGUACUGUAUUAUAAUUUUGUAAUGUCUUAUUUGAAUUCAUACCUACUGUCUGUAUAUUUCUAAAGACUGAAGCCUUGUUCAGAGAGAGUCAGUUUCUUCUGAUGCACCUAUGGAAAAAUGCAAUAUUUUUUUCAUGAUGGAGAAACCUUGAAAUUUUAAUAUUGAACCAUCUGUAACUGGAAUGCUUAAAACACUAUAUUUUUGCUAAGAAGCUUUAACCAAAAUGUACUGUACAGUGUACAGGAAUACUUUUUCUUAGUUUUAAUACUUAAACCUUCUAUUUAUUGUUUUUGUUUCAAAUGGUAGAAUAUUGAUUAUCCAUGUUGCUUUCUGUAGAAACGUACUGUACUUACACAGUUUAUUUGUAACUAUUAAAUUUCACUGAAAUGAUGAAUUGCACACACUACACUUGUAAAAUAAGGUAUUGUAAUACUCAAAUUAAGCAGUUUGUGAUUCCUUGUCCUUUUCAGAAGUGCAAUUUUUGUAGUCAAAAGUAAAAAUAAAGCAUACAGCUCUGGGAGCAAGGAUUUGCACCAUAACAAUAAUGUUUUGAGAAAAAGAUGGUCAUUUCUCCAGUACAUAACAAGGGUAUAAGAAAGGAUCAACAAAAUUUUAAUUACUAUUUUGUUUUAUUUGUAAUGUGUUAUUAGAGGGGCAGUGCACAGAACCUAACAAAAGUAAUGCUAUAACUGUAAUAUAGCACUCUGGUCUCACCACGGGUUAUUUACUAACUUAGAGAAGUUUGGAUUGUCUUGGUCCCAGCGUGAGGCUAGCGCUGUCUGUUAGUGCAAACAUGUUCUAUAGUAUCUUUUGUAGUCUCCAUGUUUUUGGAGAGAUUAGGGUGGUUUUCUGUUGCUUGAGUCUGUGACCUUUAAAAGUAUUUGUGUAAUAUAGUGCUGCCUGUAAGUAAAUGCUAUAUAGGAUGACCUUCGUUUGGGAGACAGCUUUUGCAAGAAUUGCAACCCAGUUACAGAGAAUUACUCAAGAACAUAGCACUUAAUGGGUUGUAUUAGAACAAUAUAGCAUUAAUAUAUAAACUGGAUCUUUUAUCUCUGGUAUUAAGGGUUUAGAUUACUUUUUGCAUCAAUUAUAGCUCAUAAAAGCACAGGUUUUCUGCUUUGUUUUGGUUUUUAAAUUCAGUUAGUGAAAGGAAAGCAUUUGAAGAUACUCAACACAUGCAUAUGUAAUACAGACACUUAACCACAGGUACUACCAUAAGCACUAUGGUAUUUGUUUUAACACUAAAGUUAGGCAGCCUAUUUGGCUAUUUGUACGACGGCCUAGGUGUGUGAACAAAUGAUGUGGAAGCCGCUAGAUGUCAGGCUUCUACUAUUGGACAACAGCCCUUUCCUGAAGGAAUACAUCAUUUGGUGAUGCGCCAACUUCUUCCUAUGCUUUGGCCGAGCACCUUUGUAUCUUAUAGAUAUGAACCUAUUUGCAAAUGAUGAAUUUUUUGGUGACAUUUUGUCCAGAUUUUCUAGAACGGAUUGUUGGGUUGAUUUUUAUUUUUCAGUCUAUAGAUUUUUUUCAUGUGAUUUCCUGCAGUCAGAGGUUUUGGUUUUUUGUUUUUUUUUACAGACAUGGGGCCAAAAAUUAUCUGUUCGCUAGCUUUAUUAGAAUAAACUUUGCUGUUUCUUCACAGACAAUGGAUUUUGGGCUACAUCAUGGAGAAAAAGGAGAAAAAUAAACCGGCGCUUUUAAAGAAUUGGUCGAACUCUAUUUGUAUAAAUGAAAGUGGAGAAUUUCAAUUUUUGCCACUGUAAAAUGCAUUUUCUUUUUUCUAUUUAAUUAUAGAAAAAAACUCUAAAUAAAACAAGAAAUACAGCAGCUAACACAGAUAAAUGAGUAAAUAAAUAGCUUGAAAUUAUGCA